UAAAGUAAAGCGAGCCUCGAAGCCGGCGGAACUCAGUCGCUCUCCUGCCACUCGCUAAGGAGGACGUUUCUUAUUAAACGGUCGUUUAUAUCCGCCGUAGAGCGCUGCCACUUAUCUAUCACGCUUAACCGCACUAUGAGCCAUAUUCAAUAUCCCGGCUAGAACUAGCUUAAACUUUCGAUAGAUUUUCCAAUUUUGUUGGAAAUAGACUCGACGGCAGCUCAGUACAGUGCGUCUACAUUGCGUUUAACAGGUAUUAUGUGCUACUCGAGGAUACUUCUGUGAAUGAUAGAUAUCUAUAUAUAUAUAUGUAUAUAUAUAUAUAUAUAUAUACAUAUAUAGAUAGGUAGAUAUAUAUAUAUGUAUAUAUAUAUAUAUAUAUGUAUAUAGAUAUAAAGCUCACUGGCUUUUCUUCCCUCGAUUUCUUAUACUUCUGGGACGUUUCCUCGUCGUCGUUUCGUCGUUUCGGACAUCUUAUCGCGCAAACACGACGAUGGUCACGCACAGUAUGGAUAAUAUUUUGAAUAUGCAAUAUUAUCCGGUGAUUAAUCACGUCAACGCGGUACAUUCGCCACCGACGAGGAAAAGGCGUUGCUUGAACAAAGAGCAAGAUCCGAUGUCGCAUAGGAUCAUCGAGAAGCGCAGAAGAGAUCGCAUGAACAAUUGCCUUGCCGAUCUCAGCAGGUUGAUACCCGCGGAAUACUUGAAGAAGGGUCGCGGCAGAGUCGAGAAAACCGAGAUCAUCGAGAUGGCCAUACGUCAUAUGAAGCACCUGCAAGGUCUUCGACAAGGCACGAAGCACGCGACCGUUACACCCGUGCACGCGCACCCCGAAGACAGCAUCGACAGCGUUUCCCAUUCGACCGCGGCCUCGACCGCGGCCGAACAUUACAGGCUGGGCUUUCAAGAGUGCCUCAGCGAGACGAUGCACUUUCUCAUCGAGGUCGAGGGCUUCUACGCGAGGGAUCAUCUCUGCGUACAGCUGACCAAUCACUUGCAGCAGCAUUGCGAGAAGAUUUUGGCUGCGAGCGACAGACUGGGCUUUCCUCAGCCGGAGAUGCCAAUGUCGAACGGUAGCGCGAACGGCACGAGUUACGCUCACGUUAGCAUACCUACGAUAUGCCAGCCUACCGUUCACUCCGAUCAUGGCUCGAGCUCCGGCGUGAGCUCCUUCGGCGAUCCUGAACGUCCUCAGCGCCCGCUCGGCUCCGGCGUUUGCUGCAGCCCAGGUCCAAUACCGCCGCCUACGAUCGUCAGCGACGACAGUAACCACAGCAGCCAUUCUCAUAGCACGCCUCCCAGCGCUAGCAAUAGCUAUCGCCCUCAGAAUUACAAGUUCAAGAGCUCGAUCAAGCAGAGGUUCUCCGCCGAGAGGAUAAAGUCGAGUCCUGAAAAACAAGCGAAUUCCUCUCACGGCGUUCCAAUUUUCGCGCUUCACGAUGGCGGCGCUUUUUACGUACCUUUAACCGUCGAGGCUUCCAUACUGAGCCCUUACUUUGCUUUCAUUCCGGACAAUGGGCCAGACACGGUCCUCCAUCCGGUCACGAUAUCCGUCAAUUUCAAUCAACAUUCGACGCCACCGUCGGCGCCAAGUCCAACCGCGAUAACUGCGAUGACGACGACGGCGACGACGAUGACGACGACGACGACGACGGGCACGACGACGGGCACGACGACGACCAAUACGAUAGGAAACGGAGCCGCGCCGUGGUCGACCCAACACAGUCCUAUUUAUCAGACGUAAAGAUCCGUCGAGACGAGUAAACGAUUAUUAUUAUUUCCUCGCUCGAGAUAUUUUUAAUCGUUCUCUCAAAGUGCGACGAAGAUUCCUUUGAUUGCUAUUAUCUUUGAGAGAGGGAUACCUGAGAGCUACUAUUAGCACGACGCAUUGGCGCCUUUUAUGAACAGGAACAAUUGCGCUCGAUAAAUAUCGUCCAUUAGAAACAUUCCGGAGUAUUUGCGAAGCGUCCUACUUUUCUAAAGCGUCCUGCAUUCGGCGAAUAUUUCGACAAGUUGUCCGUUCGUAUUUGCGAGUACUGUCCAAAACAGUAACGAAGAAAAUUGACGCAGGGUGACGACAAAUUUUUAGGCACAAUAUUGUAUAAUCCUAUAUCACGUACCUAUUAUACAUGAUAUCGGAUACUAUAUACAUAUAUGAAUGAUAAUAUAUGAGACAGGACUCCAUUUGGAGGACUCUACAGAGAGGGGGCCUUUUUUAAGUGGAAAAUAUUUCGCGACUAAUAAACUUGGUUCCAUUCAAUUUUGACAGUACAGUCUUGAUGGACACUAGUAUUGCACGAAAGUAUUGCAUUUUAUCACAUACGUGAAAGAAAAAGUUAUUUAUUCGAGAGAAAAGCACAUUUUCUAAUUCUAAAGAUAUAUACGUAGCGUGUAUUGCUUUCGACGAGUGGAGUCCUCUUUAUUAUUAAUGUUGCUAUUAUUGUUACUAUUACUAUUAUUAGGAUUACGAUGACGAUGGUGUAGUGAUAAUGAUGAUGACGGCUAUUAUCGACGAUUAUUAUUAUUAUUAUUAUUAUUAUUAUUAUUAUUAUUAUUAUUAUUAUUACUAUUAUUACUAUUAUUACUAUUAUUACUAUUAUUAUUACUGCAACUAUUGUUAUUAUUACAACGAUUACUAUUGUUAGUAGUUAUCGAGCAUCAACGCGCGAUAUACCGAGAGGAAGUUUUCUUUCACUUACCGAGGCUGUGGGUUGCUUUAGCAUUUACAAUCGUUGGAAAGAAUAAGCGAUUAGAAGUAGACAAAAUAGUUACGAGUAUUACGAAGAGAAUCUUCGGCUCGCACUUUUGCUUCGGUGUGCCUUUCCUCUCGCCUUUAACAAUCUUAUUCUUGUCCCUUUUCUUAUUUUCCAUUCUCAAAGACAUUUUCUUUUUCCUUCGUAGAUCUUCUUUCUUACAUCGACAAAGCCAUCCUAAGAAUCUUUAAAAGAGAAUUAACUCCGUCGGGGAAACACAAUCUAAUUGAUUGGCGAGUGCUUUUAACGCAUAGGCUAACACUUGCCAAUCAGUAUUAUACUGCUCUUUUCAUCAUUUAGUCUUGACAUUAUUCGUUCUUCGCUCUCUGCAUAUUCUAUGUUUCCCUCUUUGUUACUUGUUACCAAACAAAAGUUAUCGAGCGAAAUAAGGAGCGCUUCGUAAUUUUCAUCUUUCGUUUUAUUGCAUAGAUGAUUACUACAUUUCGCGUUAUACCGAAAUAUAAUACGUACAAACUGGUGUUCGAGGAAUCGAAUAAAAAUUUCUUUUGAUCGGGAUCGCUCAAAGGGGACAAUUAAUUAAUUAUUAUGAUCUUUGGAGAAAAUGUUAAGUGGCUCGAACAUCAAUCCAAUGUUAAUUGUUUAUAAAGAUUUGUAAAACGAUCGAAGUGAGUUUAUCCGAAUGUGCCUAGACAAUGCCCCAGGGCCGACGAAAAGAUAUACGAAUAAUAGCGGCUAGUGCAUUACAAUUUUUACAUGAUCCCGUACGUAUAAUAACAAAUCAAUACUAUUAUGUCAAAUAAAUGAAUGUGUAUAAAAGUGCCGUUUUUUCGCGCAUAACUUGUGUGUCCACGUUAGAUCGCGAGAAUAUUGAGCCUGCUCGAUGUCUCACGAAACAGGUCUCAGCAACUAAAGACUGAAAAAGACCUGCAUUACAUUGAAUUUCUUGCUAGAUCGAUUUCUUGAAUAAAAUAUAUAUUUGUACAUAUUAUCUUUAAUUGUAACUUUAUCAAAGAAUUUAUUGCAAUAGAUUAUUACUAGAUUUCGCGUAUUUACCGAAAUAAGAUGCGUACAAACUGGUGUUCGAGGAAUCGAAUAAAAAUUUCUUUUGAUCGGGAUCGCUCAAAGGGGACAAUUAAUUAAUUAUUAUGAUCUUUGGAGAAAAUGUUAAGUGGCUCGAACAUCAAUCCAAUGUUAAUUGUUUAUAAAGAUUUGUAAAACGAUCGAAACGAGUUUGUCCGAAUGUGCCUAGACAAUGCCCCAGGGUCGAUGAGAAGAUAUACGGUUAAUAGCGGUUAGUGCAUUACAAUUUUUACAUGAUACCGUACGUAUAAUAACAAAUCAAUACUACUAUAUCAAAUAAAUGAAUGUGUAUAAAAGUGCCGUUUUUUCGCGCAUAACUUGUGUCCACGUUAAAUCGCGAGAAGAUUGAGUCUGCUCGAUGUCUCACGAAACGGGUCUCAGCAAUUAAAGACUGAAAAAGACCUGCAUUACAUUGAAUUUCUUGCUAGAUCGAUUUGUUGCAUAAAAUAUAUUUGUACAUACUAUCUUUAGUUGUAACUUUAUCAAAGAAUUUAUUGCGAAUAAAUUAUAUUUACCAUAAA